AUGUGGAGGCAGAGAGCCCAUGCGCACCUGUCGGUCCUGGCUGGACUUGCAUCCUUCUGUCUUUGUACUUCUAGAGCCUUCGACUUCACCGCCCCCCACACGGUCGACAGCCCGGUUGACCUCUCGGACGCGGUACACAGCAAUAACCUGUCGACGCCUUCGUCUGAGUCCACCCUUUUUCCAGUCCCCAAUGUUCCGUAUCAUCGGGGGCAGAUUCUUGCAGUUGCAGUUGUUUCGGCCCUCGUGUUUCUCCUUUUCUCUUGUUCCUUGCUUCUUGGGUCUUUCAGGAAUUCGAACGGCCGUGGGAGCAUUCGUUCUCUUUCAGAGAGACACCCCGGACAUCCUUGUUACGAUGAUUCGCAACUUGACUUCAUCCUAACAGGCCCAUUGGACAGAAGAGCUUUGGAAGAAGCGCGGCAGAUACUAACUGCUCUAGAUCUCCCACCAUCAGCAAUGCAAACCCUCAAAACAUCUGAGCGUGAGCUACUAAGUUCAGCCCAGAGCGCGAUGCGGAGCCACACUGAACGGCUUGCAUUUGUUGUCCAGAGCAUAUCAGUACGUCCUGCAGCACAAUUGCCAGGGUUGAUUGCCGAGAGAGAGAAAAUAAGGUCCUUUAUGGGAUCCAUAAAAUGGUCGCCAGCUCAGGAAGCCGAAGCGUUGUUCUGUAGGGCUAGGGCUUUUUCGCUUGGGCGGCGGAUGCCACGUGAAGUGGCUGUAGCCUUGGUCGCGGCAGAGCUAGUUAAAAGCCCAAACAAACCCACUUCAACCACCGCAACCCGCGAACAGCAGCGGCUUGUGGAACAGAUGGUGGAAAGCAUGAGGGUAGAUAUAGAUCAUUUUGCACAUGUUCUCGUGAACACGCGCGGGAUCCCUUCCCAAGAAGUGGAUGCUGCGAGAGAUAUGCUAGAGGAGUCUGAGUGUCUUUGGAACCAGCUGCGCUAUGCGAGUAUGCAUGCACUCUCGGAAUCUCUGAACAGCUCUUGUAGAGGCCUCAGAGAUGCCCUGAAACGACGGACGGGCCGGAAGCCGAGCAGAACCGCCAGCUUGCCGAGUAUGCUAUCGCGGAUGGCGAUCCGUGGACCUUCUCCGGCUCCAAAAGGCACGCAGGCACCACGCCAUUAUACCCCUUCCGUCUCGUCCCUGGAUCCUGAACAACCAAGGGGUGCAGAAGGCACUGCUUCUGCGGAGCAGUUGGGGGCGCGUCCCAAGACAACAACUGCCAGCGGCACACUUUGGUCCUCAUUACGCCGCCAGAGGCGUGGAACAGUGACGGAGGACAGUGCAAGCCCAGCUCCGACCUCUCCCCAACGGCGGUUGCCUGUAAUACCUGAAACGGGCUCUCAGGUGCGGCCUAUUAGCGUUCAGGAAGUACCCAAUCUGACAGCUUCCAUGAAAAGAUGGGCGACUAGGUGUACUGAUUCCUUGAAAUCGCUCCGUAGUACCUCCGCCAGAGAAGCGUCUCUCGACGGUGUUGCAGCAGAAGGAAUGCAGCUGUACCGUGAGGUCACUAGUGUAAGCAUGGAUUCUUCUGUCGACCAUGAAUCCUCUCAAUCAUUUACAGAUGCGUUAAAACUCCUGAAGUCUUUGCUAAAUAAAGUUCACGCUGAACUUAUUGUCUCCUGGUUGGGCAGGGUUGCUGAGUCGCGCCAGGCGUUGACGAAAGCUCGGUAUGGCCUACAGAUGUCUGUAAACGAGGUUAAUGACAACACCCCUCCCAGAGCGGGAGGGCCGUACAUUGGCGAUGUAACCGUGCUUAGAGCUACUCUGAGCGCAGGCAGGCGGACUUCAGAGUCGCUUAGGCGUUUCCUUGGUGUACGUUCAACCCAUCAGCGACUUUCCGACGCGUUGGAAGGUCUUGAGAGCGUCUUGACGAAGGGCGAACAGGAGUUGCAAUCGGCGAUUAGUUUGGCUGCUGAUAUGUGGAGGAGGAGGCUGGAGGAUGCUGAGGGCGACAAACAAGCAAGCAGCGCUGUGCGCAUCUCACCAGUCAAGUCUGGAACACUGGAAGCAGCCCCCUCGAAAGCUGUACUUAUUGAGCGUGCAAAGACUACAGCGCAAUUUGCGGCGUACCGCAUCAUCAAGUACUUCAUUGACCGCUCCAAGACCCCAAAGUGA